AUGGCUCCUCCUCUCUGUCAAGGCAACGAUAUUACAAUCCGUGAUAAGGUCCUUGAUGGGGUCCACUGCAAGGAAUGCCAAUCGUGCCCGGUAGGGAAGGGGCUGUCAGUUAACUGCGGAGACGUCAUUACCUCUGAAACACCUGUCAAAUGCCAGCCUUGUGUACUAGGUGAAACCUAUUCGAGUGCGAAUGAACCUGGCGCAUGCAAGAUUUGCCACACUUGUGAUGAAUACCAAGAAACCAUCAAAGCUUGUACACUGACAUCAAACGCAGAGUGUGGCAACUGCACGCGAGGGGCCUACUUCGACAACACCGUGGGAAGGUGCGAGCCGUGCUCUCCUUGCUGUAACGAUGGCAAAGAUAUAUUAGAGCCCGGGUGUCAAGUCCCUGGAGUCGCGGCAAACACGCGGUGUACCUUUGCGCGAUCUGAAAAGUGCAGCAAAGAAGCAACAGUGAGAAAUGCAAGCAUCAGCCCCUCGCCAACACAGCACCCGACUCCAUCAUCCACUGUCGGCAUACCUUGGCCAACGACAACGCUUUCCACAACGAGGAAUUUAGAUGAACCGUCUGCUCUCAGUGCCUCAGAUGACACUUCCUCUUACUGGAUUGCCGCUGGUGCUGUUGGUGGUUUGCUUGUGUUUUUGAUAUGUUUGGCAAUAUUUUGCUACUGCCGAAAAAGGAAAUACCAAGAGAGGGAAACUGGCUUAUCCGCUGAGGAGAUAGAACGUCUCGAACCAGGCCAAAGUAAUGAAACGGAGACCAAUGAGCAAGAACCUUUGCCUUUGGUUCCGCUCGCACUAGAGCCCUCGACGUCCCCUGUUGAGGAGACCGACCAAAUUCCACUGUCGAUACAAGAUUCCCAGCUACCAGCCCGUAUUGAUACAACAGGUAACUUCGCUGUUUUAUAUAAUCAGUAAAACCCAAGUCAUUUCAUAGACCAAAACUGAUCAAAUUACUGAUUGCGCUAUCAUGUAAUAAAUAGAAUAGACCGAGGGCAGCGUGUUCUUUUUCCCAGGCCUGUCAAGCGAGACGCUCGGGAGAAAGAACAAAAGACAAUGCACGCGCGCGCAACUGGAGUCUGGAGAAGUGUGAAACAAAAAAGAAUGUAUCAUUCACGCAUGCUUCUUUACUAGGAUUGAAAAAAAAAACGAUGACUGCUUGCAGUGUGUUCAGUCAGGAGCCCAUCAAAUUUGAUCAAUUCGAUGGGCUCCUGGUUCAGUCUGUUGGUGAAAAAAUAAUCAUUUUUCAGCGGUCGUCUGUUAUUUCCUUCAAACAACAAAUGGAAAAAAAGUUUCAGUUAUACAAGCGCAGGUUACUUAUAUUAUAAGAAAUACCUGGUCUUAUUUAGCGGGUCAAAAUCAAAUUGUUUCCGCAUGUGUAAUCGAUAUCAGCUAUAAAAAGGCGAUCGUCGACCCCAGAGUGGAUUUUUUCCGUAAAGAGAUAAGUUAAAAAAAAGUUUCGAGAAACUUUAUUCUAGAAGCAGCUGAGGCUUUUUAAGUUUUUAAUUGACCAACUCUUUCUGUCAUUUCUUUGUUUAGAUUUCAAACCUUCCCAGGCGUAUGUAGACCCUCCGGUUAUCCCCUCCCUUGAAGACUACAAAGAGAUCGGGGCAGCUCCCAGGAGGAUUGCUGACGAGUCGGAUUGAGUAUGACGUUAAAUCGUUUUUAGUAAAAUCCAACUAGUGGUCUAUUAUCAA